GUAGUAGGGAGAAUUCAAAGCUUAAAGAAUUCCGUGUGCCAGAGUUUAUUCAAAUUAAACUCGCAAGAGUCUUAUUAUAUUUCGUCUCGUUGGACGCACGGGACUUUGAAGCCACGGCCCAUGAUGGAGCGAGUUUCAAGGCUGGACUCAGUUGAAGUCCAAACACUCUCACUGUAUCGCCUUACCAUCAAUGAAAUCCUGGAGAAGUUCAAGGAUGGUAGCUUGACAUGCGAGGACUACAUGAACAGAGUCAUCCGGAGAGCGACAGAACUGAAGGCCUUCAAUUACUUCAUCUCCAUGGACACCGACCGGAUGAUGGAUGAUGCCAAGGAGGCGGAUGCCCGAUACAGGCGCAAGACCCAUCGGCAUCUUGAAGGCAUCCCGAUUGCGGUGAAGGAUAACAUUGACAUCGAAGGAGAGGUGACCGGAGCUGGCACCUCGGGCCUGGCAGGGAGAAGGGCCAAGAGGACCGCCGAGGUGGUGAGGCGACUUCUCGCAGCCGGGGCCAUCAAUGCUGGCCGAACCAACAUGCAUGAGAUGGCGUGCGGGAUAACCUCCGCAAACCUCUACACUGGCGCCUGCCACAACUUCUUCAAUUACGAUUUCUCCUGCGGCGGCAGCAGCGGGGGAAGUGGUGGGGCCGUCGGUGCCGACAUUGUCCCGGUCGCUCUCGGCACGGACACUGGUGGGUCGAUUCGUGUUCCCGCCUCCUUCAACGGGAUCUUUGGGUUGCGCCCCUCUAUCGGGCGUUGGCCGGCUGACUUCGGAGUCAAGUUUACCCACCUCAAGGAUUCAGUGGGGCCCCUUGUACGCAGUGCGAAGGACAUAGCAAUUCUUGAUUCUGUGAUGACCGGAGAAGAGGUUUAUCGAGAUCUAGCCCCUUCCGAGAUCAGAAUUGGUGUGCCAAAAUCUCACUUCUGGGAAGAUCUUGAUCCUGAGGUUCAGACGUAUGCCACUGAGUGUCUCGAGGUUCUGCGGGAUCAAGGUUUUACCAUUGUUGCAGAUGGGGAAAUUCCCGGUGUGGGAGAAUUUCAACGAAAGUAUAAAUUCUUGACGAACAAGAAGGAAGCCGUCUUGCGCCUGGAGGAAUGGCUCCAGCUCCACAAGCACGACGUCAGCCCAGAAGCCAUCGUUGACGUGAUAGCCUGUCCUCGCGUCAGAUCCAUCUUCCAAGACGCUCUGAGAAACCCGCCCAGCGAAGAGGAGUACGGCCGAGCCCUCAAAGCCAGAGAUGACCUCCUCAGGAACUUGCAAGAAUACUUCCAAGAUCAGAGGGUGGACUGCAUCCUGAUGCCCGCUACCAAGAUAGCACCACAGAGGUUGGACAUCCUCGAUUCGGACCCCGUCCCAGGCAGGGAGGCGGGAGAGUCUCUGAUUCUCACGGUCACCUCCAACAGCGACUUCGCCAACGUCUGCGAUCACCCCUCGUUGGUCAUUCCAGGGGGGUUAUCCAGGGCUGGAGGGGUGCCAUUUGGGCUGCAGAUUGACGGCAGAAGGGGGAUGGAUCAGAAACUUAUUGCAGUGGGAAUAACGAUUCAGAGGGCUCUAAAAAUUCAGGCAGUGUUCGAGCCAGCAACCAUCCGAGACCAGUUUGUCUAUUCCAGAUUCAUUAUGCUCAAGACUUUCCUCUCCGCUCUGACAACCAGCAUCAUCUGCUUCUGUCUUUUAGCCGCCUUACCGCCAACGCGGAAGUACUUCCUUCAAAUCCGUCAGGGUUACCUGGCCUGUCUUACUCGCAAGGGGGCGCUCAUGUCGGUCAGCGGCGGGGUGGUCUUGGGCGCGGGAAUGGCUCUCUGUGCUUCGUGUCCAGGCAUAGUCCUCGCUCAAAUUGGAGCCUCGGUGCCUAACGCAGGUUACACUCUGUUGGGCUGUUUUGCUGGAGUGCUGUUGUAUGCAUUGACCGAGUCUUCAGUCAGGAACCUCUUUGCCUCGUCGCUCCGCAAACCUCAAACAGUGGAUCACUAUCUCGGUAUCCCAUAUCCUCUGUUGGGUGUCACCACGGCAACUCUGACGUCAUCCGUUGUCUUCAUCUUUGAAUCGUUGUUUCCGUGGCAAACUCAGUAUGAGGGUUGGAAUGCCGGACCGGGGGAAUCACUGUUAGCUGUACGGGCAUGGCCACCUUACAUGUCAGGCAUUCUGAUCGGGCUGUUACAAGUUCCCGUGAUAUUUACGGUGGGGGACACCGUAGGCGGAAGCCAGAGUUACUGCACAAUGCUGUCGCAGCUUUGUGUCAGCAGGACGCUGGAGGAAAAGAUGCCGUAUUUGACACAGUACAAACGGGGCAUUGAUAACUGGUGGCAGGUGCUGUUUGUGAUAGGAGCAGUGGGCGGGGCAUGCAUAUCGGCAGCCUCCUCCAGUUCCUUGGGUGCGGCAGGCGGCAUAACGCCUACCGCCGCCUUCGUGGGUGGAGUUCUGAUGCUUUACGGAGCCCGAAUGGCUGGGGGAUGUACAAGUGGACACGGCUUGUCUGGGUUUGGGCUCAUGAUGGCGCUCUCAGCAGUCACUGUUCCAGCCAUGUUUGCUGGUGGUACAGCGAUGGGCUUUUUCAUUCGUUACCUUGGCAACGUGUCAUAGUUAGCACAUGGAGCAUUUCAUGUCGUGCAACCUUCCUUGUAAGAUGUAAACUACUCCAGGCUUAUGUUCUGAAUCUUUUGUAAAGGUACUUUGUCGCAAAACAUUGAAGGAUUAAUUAAUUACUUUGUCUUUUAAUUAAGUUAGAUGUUGUUUUUUUUAUUAUUAUUUAUUGUAUUGCUUUCUAUUAUAAAUAAUUCAAUUCACACUUCAAUUCACAGCAGCGAUUUUUACAUGGCAGAGCAAUAUGUCAGGUUCAGUCCUCCAUAGACUGAUUCCGUGAAUGUUAAUGUCAGAAGACGUACACAAUGCUCUUACCCAUAUUGCUGUAGCCCCUCCGAUAAGACGCACGUUGCUUUGGUGCUUGUGCUCACUUUCAGCGUGGUCGUUUCUGUUUGUCGUAAAUUUGAUUCUACAAUUCAAAUGAGAUACGUCAUCAGCCACCGAAAGCAGCCACCGACCUUUGAAAACAAGACAAAUGGCUCGAGGGGAAACGCGAACUGGUAUAAUUCCCUAAUCGAUUUGGGAGAAUUGCGUCAUAAAUAAGGGCCGGGAUUUAACGCCGACUCGCGAUCCUGUUGUUCUCCCCGCCGAUGAUUAUGAGUGAACUUCUCGUGAACCCCGUGAAUUCAAGCUCUCGUCAAGAGCAGAUUGACUGGCGGACCUGAGGCUGGAGCCUCCACGGUUGUUAAAUUGGUGUCCCAAGUCAAAUUGGCGCCGACAGUCGAGGUAACACACAAAUCAUCCUGGGCGAAUUUACAGGGUUUUUUUAAUGUCAGUGUAACGUUUGUGUAUUUAGGUUGUGGCCUUGCAUUCACGAUUUGCUUGGCAAUUGGGCACGUCACUGGAAAAUUGUGCACUUCUUUAUACGCUCUUGGUACCAGUUUUCAGACAUGUUCUGUAUGUGUCAUUAAGUUGAAUGCAGUUUGAUCGCAAUUCAGCUUUUGGCUAAAUUCAAAUACUGAACGUAUUUAAAACGUGAACGGAGAGUGUUUAGCUAUUGGACAUUGAUGUUUAGCAAUUAGGCCAUGUUUACCUUCUAAAACAUUAUUUACAAACUGAUAGCAAGAUUGUAUUCAACUGCUUAGGCCUAACAGUGUACAUAAUGUCGCAAACCCACUAUUUCCCUCGAAACUGAAUAACUCAGUGAAGCAAAACAUGCUGUUUGAGACAAGGCUAUAACUUUGGACUAAUAUUAACCAUUUGAUACAAAAUCGCACAAAGUAUUUAGAAAUUAAUUUUAUUUAGUCUAGCUUUCAAUUACUAAAUGGGGACAGAAAGAUACUGGUAUUAGUUACAUUCUGUUUUUAUUGAAUGGGUAGAGGUUGGGAUAAUGGUUUAGCUUCUGACUUAAACUCCGUAAUGAACUUUUGGUCAUGAAGUAGACUCUCUCAGUCCCAGUACAAACUCAUGGAGUAGAAUUUCCAGAGUAACAGAUAUUGAGCAUGCAGCGUACGCAGCAGCGUAAAGAUGACACCUGUUAUUUCAUCAUGCACUUAUCGACAAGCUAAUUGCGCAGGGCUGCUGGCUUGUUCAAUUGUUGAUGCUGUCUGUAUCUUCUGUUUAAAGGUGUUUAGUAUGCAGCUUUCACUCGAGAUACUUUAUUUCUCUUGCUGGGCUUUUUAGGUAGCACUUUGCCCGGGGCAGAAGGUCUGAGAGGAGAGGAAAUGGCGCCCGAACUUGUCCUCUUUUCCUGAAGAAAACAGAGAAAAACUUACAUUAGGUUCAAUUUAGCAUCUCGUAUUAUUUGUCCCCUGUUCAUCGUGAGACUGUAAGUGAUUGAUCUAAUGGAACGGAGCUCGUGACAGGUGCAUCUGUACUCUUCGUCCCUUCGUAUUUGUCACCCGUUUGAACGCUUAAUCGCCCCAUACUUUACAGAUCAGGAGAGACACGCCAGACAGAUCGCAAAGGGUGAGGUGAAAAGAUCUCCCCAGCUUGAUUUUUCUCACCGGCGGAUCAGCAGUCUUUCCGUGCUGAGAGAAGUGGCUGUCUUAAAACGCCGCGCGUCACUUUCUGCACCAGUUCCCAUGACUUGCCGAUAAUCUUAGCCUCCUUAAGAACUUAAACCUACGCUGUUUGCUGCCCUUCAUGGUUAGAUUAAUCUUUUGUUUAUGGUCCAUUUAUGAACAGUGCUUCUCUAUUUUGUGGUCUCAUAUCAGCGUGUGUGACUGACUGUUCUAAAUCCUUCCAAACUUUCUAAUAAUUAUCGAAGACAUAUCAAGGCGCCUUUCUAUAUAUUAUGUACGUUUUUGGGGUGCGUUGCGUACACGAUGCGUUCGUGGGUUUCACUUCCACGGACACACAAAUACAUGUAGACUCCAUUCAAAUCACACACGUGUAGCCUACGUUGCGUUUGGCCGUCAAAAUCGCCUUGGGAGUGAUUUUGACGGAUACGAAACGUUUGAGGCAAGUGUUGACGCGCAUAUGGAAAGGCGCCUUACGCCCAACACGACAAAAUAUUUCGAGUUUUCAUACUUCAACGUGUGUAAAGUAAUCAUUGGAAGAUGCAUUAAAAUUGUAGAAACUAUCAAAUUUUGCAGUUUGACAGAGAUAAGUAAAACCAUGCAUUUUAAAGACUGAAAAUAGAUACGCUUCGUAUCCUCAGAACAAAGUUUUUUUCUGGAUUUCAAAGUGUAGUAAGAAAUGACACUGCAAAAUCAGAUUAAUUUUUUUUUGCAUUUCACUUGUUGAAGUCCGGAAAGCAGGAAAAGGAUUUUGCAAAUAUGAACUUUAAAAAAACACACCUAUAUAACGUC